AGUAUUCCAAAGCUCGAGGACGACCAGCACACUUGUGAAUGAAAAUGACCGACGUACAUAUUUAUAAGUUUAAAAAUCAGAAAUUAGAAUCUAAUUCACUUUCGCUAUCUAUGCUCAACUGUCAGGCUGACGCGGCUGACACGUGUCAGCGACGUUCUGGAAAUGUCAAAGAGUGAGCAAUAAAAACACCCCCUCCGACGUUUCCUUUCCUCACUUUAGAUUAGUCGUUUCGGAGUAGAACGAUACGUGUAAAGUCAGACUUCGUGCGUUUUUUAUUUUCAACAUUAUUUUCGCAUUUAUACACCAAGCAGAAUGGCCCCCAAACAGAGGAUGCGUAUUGCUAACGAAAAAGCAAUGAAGAAUGUCACCAUGCGUGGCAAUGUGCCCAAAUCUUCGCAGAAAACAAGUCAAGAUGGGCCAGCAGUAGGUCCAUGGCUGUUAGCUCUGUUCAUCUUUGUUGUAUGUGGCUCUGCAGUUUUCCAGAUCAUACAGUCCAUUCGUAUGGCAUGAAAAUAAUUUGAAAUGAUACGAAAAAUCCUCCAAAAUUUUGUAUUAUACUUUUGCAAUUUUAUAUUAUAUAAUUUAGUGCAAUGAAUGGUUUUGGAGUAACUAUUCAAGGAUUUUGAGCUAUUUGAUGUUUCAAAUUCAUUGAUGUCUACUGUACUGAAUUUUGAGUUAGCAUCUUGAAAUUAUAUUUAUUUGUAAUAUUACACUUUGGCUGCUAAAUAUUGCAAAACAUCAAAUAGCCAAAAUAGUUCAAUUUCCAUUCUGAUUUUACUCUGUCAAUGUUUGUAUUAUUUGUGUGAGAUUCUUUUUGUAAAAUAUGAAAAUUAGAACUUAUUGCAUUUGAAUCCAUAUUUUUUUAUAAAGAUUUUGUAAGGAUAGUUUAUUAUCAUUCCAUUGUUUUAUUGUUUACAAAUAAUUUAUGUACCAAGUCUGUCUAUAUUUUGAAAUAUAUAAAAAAAUUGAUAUAUUUGUUUAAUUUACCAUUUAACAGAACCCAGAAUAUUGAUGAAAAAAAUCUGUACAAAUCUACGAGCCCCUUCCCACUUCAGUUGGCCCAAUUAUUGAAAUCUUAGUUUUUUUCUUAUCAAACACAAAUAAUAAAAAUUUAGCAGGGUGUUAUAGGUUUAAAAUAUUAACAAUGCAUAUUUUGAUAAUAUAUAGUAGAAAAUACCAACUUUAUCACUCGCUAAUCAAAUUUGCAGCACAAAAAUAACACAUGUUGCAAUUACAGCAUAUCAACCUAUUUUCAUUUCAAUGCAAAAUAAGUCUAUAACACACAGGUGGCUGUGAUUUCAAAUAUGUAUUUUUUACGACUAGAGUGUGUCUAAAAUGUUUUUGAGAAAAUAAAUUGUUUUAGACGUAAAUAGUUUCGUCAUG